AUCCUUAUUAUUCAAACCCUAGCAAAGAAGAAAAAGCAAAAGAGAGAGAGAGAGAGAGAGAAAGCGAGAGAGAUCUUGUGUGUGUUUAUAUAUAUGUAUAUGCACACACACAUAUAUAUUGGAAGAAGCAAAUCUGUAGAUAUUAUUGGGAGUGGAAUUUGGAUCUGACGUUGAAAGAGAAGAAUUGAAAGAAUAGGCCCUUAUUUUUUUUAUGACAAGGGAGAUCCGCAGCCGCUAUCCUUUGGGUGAGCACAAGGUAAAACCUCCGCUACUAUGCAAUAGCUCGCAAACCACACCGGAGAGAAUGGCAGAUGGCAUAUUCUUUUGGGGCCCAGUAACAUCUAAAGAGUGGUGUGAGCCAAAUUAUGUGCAGUCAUCCUAUAUUGCAGAAUUCUUCAACACCAUUUCAAAUAUCCCAUGCAUUCUGUUGGCUCUUAUUGGUCUUGUGAAUGCCCUCAGACAACGGUUUGAGAAAAGGUUCAGUGUCCUCCAUAUAUCAAACAUCAUACUUGCCUUAGGGAGCAUGACAUAUCAUGCCACUUUGCGGCAGAUGCAACAGCAAGGUGAUGAGACACCAAUGGUCUGGGAGAUGCUUCUGUAUAUCUAUAUCCUAUAUUCACCAGAUUGGCAUUAUCGGAGUACGAUGCCCACCUUUCUGUUCCUUUAUGGGGCACUCUUUGCCAUUGUGCAUUCACAGCUUCGCUUUGGCAUUGGUUUCAAAGUACACUAUGCACUAUUGUGCCUUCUGUGCGCUCCUCGUGCAUAUAAGUAUUACAUUCAUACAGAAGACACAUUGGCAAAGCGCCUUGCAAAGUUAUAUGUGGCGACUUUAUUGAUCGGAGCUGCUUGCUGGCUAUGUGAUAGAUUAUUCUGCAAGCAAAUUCAGGGCUGGUAUGUUAAUCCACAGGGCCAUGCAGUGUGGCACGUCUUAAUGGGCUUCAACUCGUACUUCGCAAAUACAUUCUUGAUGUAUUGUCGUGCUCAGCAACGUGAAUGGAAUCCCAAAAUCAAGCACUUGUUUGGAUUUUUCCCAUAUGUGAAGAUCCAGAAACCAAAAACCCAGUAGCAGAAGUUACUUCUCUUUUGAGCUGAGCCUGCAAUACCAAACAUGUGCAGGAAGUAGCUCUGGUGAGCACAAAGCAAGCACUUGAAUUUUUUUCUCUUUUCCCAUUUUGCAGAAUGUAAUGUAAAUGUAAGUCUGGAGUAGUUUUGAUUCGACCGAAUAGUGGUUAAUUUUUGACUGUACAAUUAGUGGUUUUCCAGUGUACCAUAUUUUACACUCCCACAGAAGAUGACAUGGAUUAACUAGUUGAUUCUUUUUCUGAUAA